AUGAAGCUUUCUGCAGUAGCCCCCCUUCUUGCCCUCCCGGGAACCCUGGGCCUCGCCAUACGGGACAAUACAGCUCAGAUCACCUUCACCGGCGCCGCCGACGCCCAGUUCACCCAGGACUUCCCAGCGGACGGCUCCAUCGUGAAAAUCACCAACCCCCUAAGCAUCUCCCACAUAUCAUCCAACAGCCCCGACAUCGCAUGUACCUUCAACGGCAUCGACCAUAGUGCAACCACCGUCAUAGGCGUUGCAACUGUCGACGUCGGCCCUCCCCAGACUCAAAUCCAGGGCUCGUGCACUGCCGGCUCGACACCUCCUAGUCCACCCAUCGAGUCUGCGCCUUCUGGAGACCAGGUGAUGAUUACCUUUAUCGGAGCUGCGAAUGCCCAGUUUUCGCGGGUGUUUAGCCUUGAUGGCGCUGCUAUGGAGAUAGGCGACCCGCUGAGUAUCUCGCAUGUCAUGUCCAAUACAGAGGGCGUGAAGUGUACUUUUAACGGCGUGGAUAACAGUGUUACUGUCGUUGAGGGUGCGCAGACUGUUGAUGUUGGUCCUCCACAGACUCAGAUUUCUGGUUCCUGCGUUGCGGGUUAA